AUGUCACAAAUGACGGGCGGCGAGUUUCCGCCGCUGCUGUUCACGCUGCCUAGCGAGCUGCCGCAAGUCGAUUACCGCACCCCCAAAACCACUCCGCUGAGCGGCAUGCGCGGCGAGAGCUCGCUGUCGCAGCACACGCGGCGCUCGCUGACGCCGCCGGGCAGCGUACACACCGACAACACGCCGCCGCGGCCGCCCCCCAUCAUGCGGCUGCAGGACGCUCUCAUGGCUG